AUGGGUCACGUGCCAGCCAUGCCAAGAAUCAAGGCCAGCAUCCACAUUAGCAUCGGCACGAGAAUGGAAAACACCCCAAACACCGUGAUCCAGAGUACAUUUGGAUUUCGCGGAACCAAUGCACAGGCAGACAUUCCUAAUUGUGGUGUAGUGAGUGCAAGACUGUCUUCCACAAUAGUUGUCAGGCAAAUGUCAGUUUCUGCCCUCGUUGUGUCCGUCGACAGAAAUAUCACCAGCAACUGCAAGAAUUCCUUUGGAAAUGAUCUCAACUGUGCCAGUCCUUUUUGGAAGAUUUUGGAAUUGGAUAAGAGUCUGGAAUUCUCCAGAAGAGGCACACAAAUAGCUCACUCUGUGAUACUAAAGAUGGAGUCACCAAGCAGAGAGGAGGAAACAUAUGUGCUGGUGGAAUAUGCCUUUGAAUAUACCUCCAAGGAUGGCCAACUCAUCGCAAUCAAACCCAAUGAGAGAUACAUACUUUUAAGGCGAACCAACGACCACUGGUGGCAUGUUAGGAAGAGCAAAAACUCUAGGCCUUUUUACAUCCCAGCUAAGUAUGUUAGAGAGUUGAGCACUUUCAUGCCUUCUGAGAGGCCAUGUCACACAACACAGCUAGAGGCUAUCAAUUUAGGGACCUCUGUUGGAGUUGGCAGUGAUCAAUUGCCAGAGUAUGAAUAUCGAUUUGUGACAGCAGUUCAAGAAUGCAAAACAGAUACCUCACAGCAGGAUUCCAGCUCCUUAGGGGUGGGAACAAUGAUGUCUCUGGAAGAUAAUGGGAAGAAUCUACCCACUUCUGGAGCAGCAAAAGGCACACAGCCCUCUCUCAGUGCCUCAUACAGUUCUUUUAAGCCACUUUACCUGACAGACUCUAAUCAUCCUCUGGCCUGUCAAGGUGGUUCUGCUGAGCACAUGAGGCCUGCUGUAUCUCUGAAUGACUUGCCAAGAUUCACACUUCCCACCCAGACAGGUUUGGGGAACUCAGGAUUGUACAAAGCUGCUUCGUGGGCUCAUCCUCACCCAUUUCUGAAGAACAGUACUGAAAACAUCUGUAAAUUGGUGAAAGACCAAGUGAUACAAAACAUGCAGGAAUGCUGCGCCAAAGAGCCUGGAAUUCUGUUGGCUUUUUUGGCAACUGCAACACACUGCUCAUAUUUACCGUAUUGUUUGGA